CAGGACGUCUGGCGCUGCUCUUGGGUAGUGUACAUCAAAUACAGUACACACGCCGAGGCACGGAAGUGCGUGGAGAAGGAGCAUGGAAAGAAACUCACUGCUCUGAACGGAGUUGCUGGAGGUAGCGAGGAGAUGACGGUUGUACUGGAUGGAGAGGGAAGGAAGCUGCAGGCGAUCCUGAAGGAGCUCAACGCACGGAAGCGCAAGACCCAAGAGGACAAGAGGCGGAAAGAGAGGGAAGAGAAGGCAAAGGAGGCGAGUUCUGCCAGGGGAACGCCGUCCACUACAGCGGCGCACACACCUAUAGGUUCGGUUCACUCUUCUCGCCCGCCUGCUCCAUGGCAGAAGGGCGGAACAAUGCGACCCGCGCCUGCUAGCGCGAAGCUGCCUCCGAAGCCAGUCGCUACGCCCGUAGACGUGCCUGGCGCGUCUCCUGCCAAUGCCCAUCUAAACGGUAUUCCGACUGGUCCAAGGGGAGCACCACCUGUGCGCGUACGCAAGGUUGCUCCCCCGACGUUUCGCGCCCGACUCAUGUCGGUCGGCAAGUACGGGAUCACUGCACAACCGCCAUCGUCGCGACCGCCAUUACCUGCCUCGGAAUCAUCGUCCUCCACGCCUCUUCGUUCUUGGGCUCGCCGUGGCCGUGACGAGCGUGACGCACGGUCGCGUUCGCCAUCGCGGUCUCCGUCACCUGUGAUGCGAAGACCGGGACAGUCUUCCCGGAACGCGUACCAGAAGGACCACGAGAUUGUUCUAGAGGCAUUAGCGAAGAACGGGUAUGAACAUGUUACCUUGGAUGGACACGGUGGGCAGCUGGGUAGUGCAGUGCGAGAAGAGGACGUGCGGCAGUUCUUCCAAGGGUUCAGGGUUGACAAGAUCCUCAGAGACCGAUUGGGCUGGUAUGUCACCUUCGAGACGAGUGAUUCCGCACGGCGUGCAGCGAUGGUGCUCAACCACGGUUCCCGUACUCUCGCGUCGCGGUCGGUGAAUGUGACAGUUCACCCUGCUCCGGCUCCGCCGUCUGCACCUGCACGGAAGCGUUGGACGGACAGCGAGUUGGUUGACGAGGCGGCGAGUCUGGUCAUCAAGGAGCUCAGAACGACGCUUGAGAAGGACCUCUUGGACAAGUAGUCAGCACCGGUGUCCAAAGGCUCGUUCUGUCCGAAAGGGCAAGACGGGUGGCUAGGGCGCCGGAUGGUGAGCAGGAGGCGAAGCAGUGGGGUGCUGGUCUUCGCGGGUUGUCGUUCAAGAAGCAACGGAAGCGACCUAGGGAGGAGCGCGAUACGCCUAUACUGGCAACACCGCAGCUGGAGCCGGAGUUUGCAGUGAUUCGGUCAGAGUCACACAUCGAGUCUCUCGCGGAGGAAGCUGUGGUUGAAAGACCGAGGAAGCGACUCAAGAAGGCUGUGACCAAGAAGGUACUAACGAGGAUAUCGAGUCGGAGGAUGAGGUGCCCGAGACCGUCCCAGUGACCAUAGCCAAGGCAGUUGUCAACGAAGACGUCGAGUCAGAAGAUGAGGACCUCUCCCUUCCGGUCACUCCCAUACUGCCGGAUGUCACACGGAAACGGUCCACGUCUGAGGUCACCGAU